AAAGAUUUAAAGGGAUGGAUGAAGUGGAGAGGUGCGUCUGGAGUGUUGUGUGACCAACACAAUGUUGGGCAAUCACACAAUACAAUGUUGGGCAGUUAAGAGGCAUCAUAUAGACAAGCUAUGUGUAGUAGAGAUGAGGAUGUUGAGGUGGAUGUGUGGCAAGACUAGGAAGGGUAAAGUAAGGAAUGAACAUAUUAAAGUUGAUUUGGGAGUUGUCAUGAUCCAUGACAAGCUCCAAGAAAGUUGUUUGAGGUGACAUGGCCAUGUUCAAUGGAGGCCUCGGGAUGCACCAGAGACUAGGAGUGAACGGAAUCAGAUUAAAGAAUCUAAAAGAGCCAGGGGCAGGCCUAAAAUGACCAUAGGAGUAGUAGUGAGGAAAGACAUGCAUAGUUUUGGUCUUGACUCAAGUAUGACCUCGAAUAGAGCUGUUUGGAGGGCAAGGAUCCAUGAAGCCAACCCCAUUUAGGUGGUAUUUUACUGAGGUAUCGCUGUUCUUUUUUCUAUUAUUAUUAAUAUUUUACCCUCGCACUGAUCCAUGUAACCGACUUCAUUUAGUUGGAAAAGGCCAAGUAGUUGUUGUUGUUGCUUGAGGGGGGGAUGUUAAAGGUAUACCACUUGGGGUAUUUUGGUGUUUCUUGUAGUGUCUCUUUUAUUUCAAAGCUGUAUGAGUAAUUACUCAUAUACUGAGGAGUUUAUUAUAAUUAAAUAUCAUAUUUAUGUUAUAAAUAUAACCCUUCCUGCCGGUUAGGGUGUCUUCACACCCUAAUUAAUCAGUUUCUCUUUCCUCCCCUAUUUUCUUCUCUUCUUCUUUCUCUUGAUCUGCACUGGUAUUGGUUAAUGCUUUUCUGAUUUUGUCACAUGAACGAUUAUUUAUCGGAUGCCAUAAAUCGGAUCGGCUAUUACUGCAUCCGUAUUCGGCAUGAACAGUGACAGAUCCACAUAUUUGUCUCAUUUACAGGGCUAAUGAUAUGGCAGAAGUAGAAAACCUGUAACUGUUGUCAUUACAGAUGAUUAGGAUUUUAUCUUGUGAUAAUUGCUGCCUCCAUGUAUAGCCAUAACUAAAUACAUUCAAAACACAGAAGGUUCUUCAAAAUUUCUGCUUUUAUUUCCCAAAUGGUAUAAUGACACAGCACCAACUUCUCAUUGAUCAUAAUAUCAGCGUGGUUCAUUUCAAAACCUUAACAUGGUUUGGUUGGUGUAAUACUAAUGAGUUUGUAUAUACAUAAGUUAUGUACAAGGAACCAUUAUGUAGUAAGCAAUUUCAUGGACAUUUGGCUAAUGGGGAUUUAGUUUUAACUCUUCUUUUGCAUUUUGCAGAGCCGGACAAUGCAAAUGAUGUAUGAAAUUAUUGCACAGGAGCUAAAAUACAAGAAGCUUGAGAACUCUCACCCUCUAGACUACCUGAAUUUCUAUUGUCUUGGUAAUCGGGAACCUGAUGGAACUUCACCACCGAGUAGCCAGCCAUCUACUAAUGGUGAUGCGGCAUCUGGUGCCCAAAAGCACCGGCGGUUUAUGAUUUAUGUUCAUGCGAAAGGAAUGGUAGUAGAUGAUGAAUAUGUCAUUGUAGGAUCUGCGAAUAUCAAUGACAGAUCAUUGGAUGGUUCUAGAGACACAGAAAUAGCUAUGGGUGCAUAUCAGCCACAUCACACAUGGGCUAAGAAGAAACACCCACAUGGCCAGAUACAUGGAUAUAGGAUGUCUCUGUGGGCUGAGCACCUGGGGAUGGUAGAUGAGCUUUUCAGGAAGCCACAGAGUUUGGCUUGUGUUAACUAUGUGAAUGAAUUGGCUCGUGAGAACUGGGAGACAUACGUAGCCGAGGAAGUUAAACCGCUGCAUGGCCACCUUCUCACGUACCCAAUUUCGGUAGAUGCCAAUGGGCAUGUUGGUCCUUUGCCAGGGCAUGAGGAGUUUCCUGAUGUUGGUGGUAAGGUACUUGGGGCUCCCUCCUCCCUUCCUGAUGCUCUGACCACAUAGUGUGCAAUCUUUUACUUGUUAAUAUGUGAUUGAUUGGAACCAAAAGAACAGUAGUUAGAAGAAGAGGGGGGGGGGGUUGUACAGUUCUGAUAAAUUUCAGUGGUACUAACUGGUCCCACUCCUUUGUUGCAUGUAAUUUUAGUUGUACAUAAGAGAAAGAAUAAUGGUUUCCACUGUAUAAAAAAAGAAUCUUCAUUUCUAUUUC